GCUGCGCCUCUGCCCGGGGAUGCUCUCGGAGCGGGGCGGAUCGGCUCCCUCCCGGGCUCCUCCCGCUGCCCCGGCGCCUCGGCCACGUCUGAAAGCGGCUCAUUGUCUCUGUGGGCAGCUCGGAGCCGCGGCGGUGGCGGCGGGAAGCUUUUCUUAUUGCUCUUCCUCGGUGAGAAUGGCAAGGAUUCGGAUUCCUAGCACAGUCGUUAUACUUUUUGUUACAGUUCAGACUGGAUUCUUACUCUUCAUGUAUGCCCGGUACAGCAGCUUCAUGCCUCAGGCUGAGGAGAAACCGUCCCAAGUCCACAUCCUCAUUCUCUCCUCCUGGCGGUCGGGAUCUUCCUUUGUCGGGCAGCUCUUCAGCCAGCACCCCAGUGUCUUCUACCUGAUGGAGCCUGCGUGGCACGUGUGGGUUACAAUGUCUCAGAACAGUGCCAAAGUCUUACACAUGGCAGUGCGGGACUUAGUCCGGUCGGUCUUCCUGUGUGACAUGUCUGUGUUUGAUGCUUACAUGCCUUGGAAAAGAAACUUAUCCGAUCUUUUCCAGUGGGCAACGAGUCGGGCUCUGUGCUCAGCUCCUGCUUGUGACUCUUUUCAACGCACUGACAUCACCAGUGAAAUGGCCUGCAAGACUCUUUGUGGGCGGUAUCCGUUCAGCAAGGUGGAGGAAGCCUGUAAAACUUACAGCCACGUUGUCAUCAAGGAAGUUCGAUUCUUUGACUUGAAGGUCCUCUACCCUCUUCUCACUGACCCAUCCCUGAAUCUCAAAAUUAUUCACCUGGUCCGUGACCCCAGGGCAGUCGUUAAGUCACGGGAACAAUCGGUGAAAGCAUUAGCCCGUGACAAUGGAAUUGUCUUGAGUACCAAUGGCACUAAAGUGGAAGACAGCAAAUACAAAGUCAUGCAAGAGGUUUGUAGAAGUCACGUUCAGAUUUAUGAAACGGCUACUCUAAAACCACCUAAUUUCCUUAAAAAUCGCUAUUUAAUGAUCCGUUUUGAAGAUCUGGUGAGAGAUCCAUUAUCAGAAAUCUCAGAAAUGUACAAAUUUGCUGAUCUUAAUUUGACUCCUAGGCUCAAAAGCUGGAUCUAUAAUAUCACACAUGGACAGGGACCGGGAAAAAAAAAAGAAGCCUUCAAAAUCACGUCUCGAGAUGCAGUUAGUGUUUCACAGGCCUGGAGAAACGUUCUUCCCUUUCAGAAAGUUAAGAAAGUACAGGAAGUUUGCAAAGGUGCUAUAAACAUGCUUGGCUAUCAACUGGUGGAUUCCGAAAAAGAACAAAGAGAUCUGACAUUGGAUUUAGUGUUGCCAAGACGACAAAAUCAAUUCAGUUGGUUAUCAUUUAAUCCAAAGCACUGAAACAUUAUUUUUGAGAAACUGGGGGGGGGGGGGUUGGGAGGGGCAAGGUAGAUGUUUGAGUGUUUCUCUACUGCUCAGCAUAUAGUGAUUGGAAAAUCCUUGACUGAUGACUUUAAGUAUCUUUCUGUCUACUAUUUUUCCAUUAAUGGAAGGAGUUUUUUUUUCCUGAGGUUCUUACACCUCUAAAACAAAAAAAGGCAAGAUAAUUGUCAGGUUGUAAAUAUACAACUGAGCUGUGCUGCUCACAGCAUUGUUUUAAAGUACUAUAAUUUAAGUACUUUCUGUUACAAGAGGAAUUCUCAAAGAUGUCUUUAUUGAUAGUAGUUCACUUCUGUUUUCAUGUUUUAUAUAUUUAAGAAUCACAGUUCUUUAUUUGUAUAAAUGGAAUGAAGUAGAUACUAAAUUCCUUCAUUUGACUUUUUUCUUUCCUUUAAAGCUGUUGUGCAGUUGUGUAUUUUUUUUUAGACUUCUCUAGAUGUUUUAAAUUUUAACACAAACGUUUUCCCAAAGCUGGAGCAAGUUCUGUUGUAAAAGGCUUAAAUAGGAACUUAAUUUAUUGAUUUCAUACUGGUUCCCUUGGAGUGGCAACGUUUACAAUCAGAUACUCGAAUGUGAUGUUGGUAUGGAGUGCAAAAAGCAAAAAAUACGUGAAGAAUCUUUGAGUAGAAUCACAGGUGGGUAAUGGUGUCCCUGUGGCAUUCUGUGACACAGAGCAGGUGCACACUCGCUCCUGCAGCGCAGUUACCCUCUGUCUUCAGGACCACACGUUGUCAGUGAAGAUCAGGGAGCUGGCUGGGAACUGGGCAGAGGGGCGGCAGCUGGCAGGGAAAACAGAACAGCUCGGAGGGCGGCAGCUCACAGGGAGAUCAGGCCGGCCCUGGAGCCCGGGGGGCAGUGGGCGG